UCCCAGUCUUGUUUCCACCCUUCCCAGGUUGGGAUUGUCCAUACACCCAGACGCAUCAUGUCGGUCUUAAAGAGGAGUGGAGCUCUACUUCGUGUCAGAGAAUUGACGACACCAACACAAACAAUAGCCUUGAGCUGCGGUCGCGUGCGGCCUUUUUCCGUCCUCAAUCGCCCGCAACCCAAUUACCCCGGCCAUGUCCCCCUGUCGAUUGUCGAACGGGGUGCUCUGGCCGUGGGAUCUGCAGUCGGAGCUCUCUUGAAUCCCCGAAGAGCAGACCUAGUAGCAACCUGCGGCGAAGCGACAGCCACGCCCUACUUUAUUUACCGACUGCGCGACGCGAUGCUGUCCGACCAAACCGGGCGACAAAUCCUGCGCGACCGUCCCCGCAUCACCUCCGAAUCCCUCCGUCUGCCCUACCUCCGCUCCCUGCCCGAGAACUCCGUCGGACGCACCUACGCCGCCUGGCUCGACCGCGAAGGCGUCUCGCCCGACACCCGCGACAGCGUACAGUACAUCGACGACGAAGAGUGCGCCUACGUCAUGCAGCGGUACCGCGAGUGUCACGACUUCUACCACGCCGUGACGGGGCUGCCGGUCUUCGCGGAGGGCGAGCUGGCCCUCAAGGCGUUUGAGUUCCUGAACACGGUGAUCCCAAUGACGGGGCUGAGCCUGUUCGCCGCUGUGCGACUCAAGCCUGCUGAGCGGGAGCGCCUCUUCUCGCUGUAUCUGCCCUGGGCGGUGCGCAGUGGACUCGGGAGUAAGGAGGUUAUCAACGUCUACUGGGAAAAGAUCCUGGAGAAGGAUGUCGGCGAGCUACGCGCGGAGCUCGGGAUCGAGCAACCGCCGGAUAUGCGGGAUAUUCGACGCAUGAUUCGGCAGCAGAAGAAGCGGGAGAAGGAGAAGUUAGCCCAACAUGCGUAGGCGAUUCUCCUCUUCCCUCUCUCUCUUUUUUUUUAGGACCCACUGUAUUAUAGCAAACUGAGCAAGCGUUGGUUCAUAUUUGGGAGCAUGUAUAUGAAACAACGGAGUGUUAAUGUAUUUGUAUAGAUACAGCUGACCCAGGCGAAGCUGUUGACAGUGUACCAAGGCA